AUGGCAGUUUCUAUUGACGACGAAAAACGUGUUGCUCUAUUUAAAUCAAUUGGUCUCAAUGAACAAAAAUCUUGGGAAACAUUAAAAAAUAAUGAUAUAACACGUUUACUUGAAUCUACUAUUAAUGAAGCUAAAACAAUUUUAUCAAAUGAAAAUCAAAUUUCAAAAUCUAUUGGAAAUCUCUUAUAUUCUUUAUCAACAAAGAGUAAACAACAAAUAUAUCAUUUACAUAAAUAUUUAAUCAAAUAUAUUUGUGAAGAAAAAAUUAAAAAUGAACAACAAUUAAUAGCUGCUAUUGAUUAUCUUCUAACAAAUCCAACCGAACCAAUAGAUCAAAAAGCACUUGAAGAAAGUGCUGGCAUUGGAGUUAAUGUUACUAUAGACGAUAUUAAACGAGUGGUAAAAGAAGUAAUCGAAGAAAAUAAAUCAAAAUUAAUUGAUCAAGGAUAUAAUUUUUCAAUGAAUACACUUAUAAAUGAAGCUCGAUAUCGUUUAAAAUGGGCCGAUGGAAGAUUAUUGAAAAAUGAAAUGGAUGAUCAAUUAGUUGAUUUACUUGGUCCUAAUGAUCGUUCAUCGAAUAUUCAACCUAAUACGAAAAUACAUUCAUUUGCAGAAUUAGUUGGUGAAGCUUUAAAUUUUCAUAAACCAGGUGAAAAUUAUAAAACAGAAGGUUAUGUAAUGACACCAAAAACACUUGAUCUCAUGCGAGAACAUUUAAAAAAAACUGGCGGACAAAUCAUAACACGAUUUCCACCUGAACCAAAUGGAAUUUUACAUAUUGGUCAUGCAAAAGCAAUUAAUUUUAAUUUUGGUUAUGCUAAAAUAAAUAAUGGAAUUUGUUAUUUACGUUAUGAUGAUACAAAUCCAGAAAAAGAAGAAGAAAAAUUUUUUACUGGUAUUAUUGAUAUUGUCAAAUGGCUUGGUUAUGAACCAUAUAAAGUAACUCAUGCAUCUGAUCAUUUUGAUCAAUUAUAUGAAUGGGCUAAAGAAUUAAUUCAUCGAGAUUUAGCUUAUGUAUGUCAUCAAAAAGGUGAAGAAUUAAAAGGACAUAAUGUACCUGAAUCACCAUGGCGUUAUAGACCAAUUCAAGAAUCUUUACAAUUAUUUGAGGAUAUGAAACAUGGAAAAUUUGCUGAAGGUGAAGCAACAUUAAGAAUGAAAUGUGUUAUGGAAGAUGGUAAACUUGAUCCAGUUGCUUAUCGUAUUAAAUAUGCUCAUCAUGCCAAAACUGGUGAUAAAUGGUGUAUUUAUCCAACAUAUGAUUAUACACAUUGUUUAAAUGAUUCUAUUGAAAAUAUAACACAUUCAUUAUGUACAAAAGAAUUUCAAUCAAGACGUUCUUCAUAUUAUUGGUUAUGUAAUGCUCUUGAUUUAUAUUGUCCUGUACAAUGGGAAUAUGGUCGAUUAAAUCUUCAAUAUACAGUUGUAUCAAAACGUAAAAUAGUUAAAUUAAUUGAAAAUAAUGUUGUUCGAGAUUGGGAUGAUCCACGUUUAUAUACAUUAACUGCAUUGAGACGACGUGGUUUUCCACCAGAAGCAAUUAAUUUAUUUUGUGCACGUAUUGGUGUAACAAUGUCACAAACAAUUCUUCAUCCAGAUAUGCUUGAUGCAUGUGUACGUGAAGUACUUAAUUUAAAUGCUCCAAGAGUAAUGGUUGUUUUAGAACCAUUAAAAGUAACAAUAACUAAUUUUCCAUAUGAAAAAAUGACAGAAUUAACUGUAUUAAAUUAUCCUGGAGAAGAAUCUCGUGGUUCUCAUACAAUUAAAUUUGAUUCAGUUAUUUAUAUUGAAAAAUCAGAUUUUAGUGAAAAUCCAGCAAAAGAUUUUAAACGUUUAACACCAAAUCAACCAUGUGGAUUAAAACAUAUUGCUUUAGUUAUUACUAUUCAAGAUAUUAUUCGAGAUUCAAAUAAUGAACCAAUUGAAUUAAAAGUAAAAUGUGAAAAAGUAACGGAUGAAGGUGUUAUAAAACCUAAAGGUUUUAUUCAUUGGGUAUCUCAUCCAAAUAAAUGUGAAGUUCGAAUCUAUGAAAAACUUUUUCUUCAUCCAAAUCCUGAAGAUCGAAAAGAAGUUCCAAAUGGUUUUCUUUCAGAUAUAAAUCCAAAUUCAUUAACAAUUAAUUCAAAUGCUCUUGCUGAUGAUGGAAUUAAAAAUGCUAAAAUACUUGAUAAAUUUCAAUUUGAACGUGUUGGAUAUUUUAGUGUUGAUUCUGAUACAACUAAUGACAAAUAUGUAUUUAAUCAAACGGUAACAUUAAAAGAAGAUAAACGAGCAUCUUAA